UUUGGGUCCCCUCUAACGUGUCCCUUCCUCCCCACAGAGCUGCCGGCAGAGGAAGGCAAGUCCAUCUGGGAGCUGGUGGUGGAGCAGUUCGAGGAUCUCCUGGUGCGGAUCCUGCUCCUGGCCGCCUGCAUCUCCUUCGUGCUGGCCUGGUUCGAGGAGGGCGAGGAAACCAUCACGGCCUUCGUCGAGCCCUUCGUCAUCCUCCUCAUCCUCAUCGCCAACGCCGUCGUCGGCGUCUGGCAGGUGGCCGCGAAUUUGGGGACAGUUUGGGGGAUUUGGGGACAUUUUGGGGACAGUUUUGGGAUUUGGGGACAUUUGGGGACUUUGGAGAUUUGGGGACAUUUGGGGGCAUUCGGAAUU